AUGGCCUACCGACUAUCGUCAGUUUGUAGAGCCUCUAAACUCACUUAUGGAAAUAAUCAACUCUUAAUUCGAUCUUCCCAUCACGUUCGGACCUUCCACGUACCGUCAGAGUCUCCAGAAAACUUCCCCCAGACCCCAUGGGACACCACCAAGCCCGAUGCUGCCGCCCUAGGCGGUCAAGCACCCCAACGUGCUCUGGGUAGAAUGCCCGCCCCCGCCCUCCUUCGGAGCAUCAUGCUGCAGACGGUUAUGUCGCGGCCACGCAUCAUGGAUGUCGCCUCCAACAUGCUGCGGCAAAACGUUCGACUUUUCACUCGCAACCCGGUCUUCAGAUGCCUUGUCGACAAAAUGUUCUAUGCCCAAUUCUGUGCUGGCAGAACAGAAGCGGAAAUCAGGCGAACGGUUGAAGGAUUGAGAGAGAUGGGAUAUCGGGGGGUGAUUUUGGCAUAUGCGCGAGAAGUAGAUCUGUCGAAUUCACAGUAUCAAGCUGGGUCAGCAGAAUCUAACGCGCUCCACCAAGAACAUGUUGCGCAGUGGCUCCAAGGGACCCUGCAGACGAUCAAGUACGCACAGAGUGGCGAUUAUGUGGCGGUGAAAUACACCGGAGCUGGUAUCGGUUGUGUGCAUGCCUUGGAGCUUGGGCAAAAACCAGAUCAGUUGAUGGCUGAUGCAUUGGAACAGAUUUGUACCUCUGCAAAACAACAAGGAGUGAAACUCUUGUUUGAUGCAGAGCAUUAUGUCCAAAAGGCGGGCAUCGACUCCUGGACCAUGGAUCUGAUGCAAAAAUAUAACGCAGACGGGCAAACCGUUGUAUACAACACGUAUCAAAUGUAUUUAAAGGAAUCAAUGGCAACGUUGCGAUCGCAUCUCCAGAUGGCAGAACAAGGUAAAUUUAACCUAGGUGUCAAGCUGGUCCGUGGUGCAUAUAUACACAGCGACCCCCGCCACUUAAUCCACGAUACCAAAGCCGACACCGACAGAGCAUUUGAUAACGCAGCGCUGAUGCUGGCGACGCGGCACAUCGAGAACCCUGCCGGACCAAAGAUCGGACUGGUGCUUGCAAGCCACAAUAAAGAAAGCACAUUCAAGAUGCGCGAGCUGCGACAGGAGCAACUGAAGCGAGGUUUACCUUUGGCUGAUGUUGUCUAUGCGCAGCUGAUGGGAAUGGCAGAUGAACUUUCCAUGAGUUUAACGCAAAAAAGCCCGGACCUUGAGGAGGAAGACAACCAAGUGUUCAAGUACGUUGUGUGGGGUACAACCGAAGAAUGUAUGAUGUAUCUUCUCCGCCGAGCUGAAGAGAACCGCGAUGCCGUCGAGCGGAGCUCAGUGAGUCAGCGGGCCCUUUGGGAAGAGUUCCGUGGAAGAUUGACCCCCAAGGCCCUUCAGCGACGCCACUGA